AUGGCUGAAGGAAACCGAGAAUGGAAAGUGCCUCCUGCUGGUUAUAUCCCACUAACAGCCGAGGAAAUUGCCAAGCACCCAAAAUACCAGCCGCCGACCGAGUCACCCUUCCGUACGGCCAUAGUGAAUGUUAGCGGCAAAGAGGUUGAAAUUACUUAUGUUCCAUCUUGGUCUGUUCAAUCAUCAUUCGAAGAAGUAUUAGCUGAAGCUGGUUUACAAGGACGUAGUGACUUAGCGCUUUAUGCCGGUGAACAUCAAGAUGAAAAGAUCGAUGAUUUAACAGCAUCGUUUGACGAUCUUGUGAAUCUCGUACCGGAAAACAAGCGCUCGGGACCAUUACAAUUAACAAUUAAAUAG